GACAUCUCUUGCAUUAUUGUUAAGAAGGUAGAUACGGCUUCGCAACUCGCCUCCAUCAAGGCAUGGCCAGAAUCCACGGCCCUGGGCGGCUGUCCUGGCUGAUUGCCCCUUGGAUUGUAUCCGUCCUCGCGCUACUAAUACAUCACCUUGCACAGCCACCAGAAACCCUUCGACCAAAGAUAUUCGUGCUCGGACUCUCGAAAACCGGCACGACGUCUAUCGGCGACGCGCUCGAACGACUUGGGUACAGACGCCUAGGAUGGAGGGAUAUUCGGAGCCGUCACUUGGUUCACAGCUGGGCGAACGGCGAACACGACGCGCUUCGCGGCAUCACACGAUGGUACGACGCCUUCGAAGACUUGCCUUGGCCUUUGAUGUACCAGGAAAUGGCGGAAUUGUAUCCAGACGCGAAAUUUGUUCUCAGUCUGCGGAAAGAUGAGGAGACGUGGUUGCGAAGCAUGAGCAUUCAUGUUGGAAGAGGCCGAUGGCAGCCGUAUACAUAUUUCUAUGGGGCGGACACCUUUCUCGGAAAUGAGGAGAUAAUGCGAGAAUCUUAUCGAAAUCAUUCGCAGAAUGUGCGAAGCUACUUUGCGGACAAAAAGGAUCGUUUCAUGGAAAUGAGCAUCGAUGAUGGAGACGUCAAUUGGGACGUCCUUUGUCAGAUUGCAAUGUGUCCUGGCGGCAAAGCUCCAGCAUUGAGCUUCCCGAGAGCGAAUACAGCAGCUUCGUGGAACAUGGGCUGGUUUCUCGACAAAUGGCAAUUCUGCUGGGGCUGGCUCGUGACGCGCACCGAGGAGCAAGCCAGUCACUUUUACUACGAAAGAAAGGAUCCGGCGAUUCGGUUCGUUCUCAGUGCGUUCUGGAGGCUGUACGAUGUUAUCGAGCGCGCAUACACGGAGCUGUACUUCCGUUCUCUGAGCCAUAUUGUUUUGCCGCCAGUGACGACUAAUGGCCCUCUCAAGGACUCGUACUUCUCCGAAAGCUAGGCCGCUUUUCUGAAUUGCUUAUGGUUGUAUCUGGUUAUACUGGUGUCCGCGGAGAGAAGCGUCGACAUACUGAGAAUCGAUCCGGAUUGGACGGCUCGGGGAAAUGUGCAGAGUGUUGAGAUCACGACAGCAUUUCGCAGCGCACAAAGCAGAUUCCAAGCGACAGCAAGCCUGUUGCAUGUGAGCAUUCGCUAUCGUGGCCAAGUGCUUAGCUUGCCGGGAGCUGUAUGGACAUAGAAGCUUCUUGGCGCAAAAUAUUCCGGUAUGAAUAUUGCAGAGCAC